AUGGGCUCCAUCCUGAGCCGACGCAUUGCGGGCGUGGAGGACAUCGACAUUCAGGCGAACUCGGCCUAUCGCUAUCCCCCGAAGUGCGGAAACUAUUUUGCUACACAUUUUUUCAUGGGAGGUGAGAAGUUUGACACCCCCCACCCUGAAGGUUAUCUCUUUGGAGAAAACAUGGAUCUGAACUUCCUGGGCAAUCGCCCAGUCCAGUUUCCUUAUGUCACCCCCGCUCCCCAUGAGCCAGUGAAGACGCUGAGGAGCCUAGUGAACAUCCGAAAAGACUCGCUUCGGCUCGUAAGGUAUAAAGAUGGUGCCAACAGCCCCACCGAGGACAGCGAGAAGCCCCAAGUCCUCUACAGCCUGGAGUUCACCUUCGAUGCUGAUGCCCGGGUGGCCAUCACCAUCUACUGCCAGGCGGUGGAGGAGUUUCUCAACGGGAUGGCUGUGUACAGCCCCAAAAGCCCUGCCCUGCAGUCCGAGACUGUCCACUAUAAGAGGGGGGUGAGCCAGCAGUUCUCUCUGCCCUCCUUCAAGAUCAACUUCUCAGAAUGGAAGGAUGAUGAGCUGAACUUUGACCUGGACCGGGGAGUGUUUCCAGUGGUCAUCCAGGCCGUGGUGGACGAAGGAGACGUUGGAGAGGUGACUGGCCAUGCCCAUGUGCUGUUGGCUGCCUUUGAAAAGCAUGUUGAUGGCAGUUUCUCCGUGAAGCCGUUGAAGCAGAAGCAAAUUGUAGACCGGGUCAGCUACCUGCUGCAGGAGAUCUAUGGCAUCGAGAACAAGAACAACCAGGAGACGAAGCCUUCGGACGAGGAGAACAGUGACAACAGCAAUGAGUGCGUGGUGUGCCUGUCGGACCUGCGGGACACGCUGAUCCUGCCCUGCCGCCACCUGUGCCUGUGCAACUCCUGUGCCGACACGCUGCGCUACCAGGCCAGCAACUGCCCCAUCUGCCGGCUGCCUUUCCGGGCCCUUUUGCAGAUCCGGGCGGUGAGGAAGAAGCCAGGAGCCCUGUCUCCCGUCUCCUUCAGCCCCGUUCUGGCCCAGAGCGUGGACCAUGACGAGCACUCUAGCUCAGACAGCAUCCCGCCGGGCUAUGAGCCCAUCUCUCUGCUUGAGGCACUCAACGGCCUCCGGGCCAUCUCCCCGGUCCUCCCCUCGGCUCCCCUUUAUGAAGAGAUCACCUACUCGGGCGUCUCGGAUGGUCUGUCCCAGGCCAGCUGCCCCCUGGCUGGGCUUGAUCGCAUCAUGGAAAGCAGCCACCAGAAGGGCAAGUCACGGAGCAAAUCCCCCGACAGCACCCUGCGGUCCCCAUCGUCCCCCAUCCACGAAGAGGAUGAGGAGAAACUCUCCCAGAACUCGGACGCCCCUCCCCUGCCGAGUGGGGCUGGGCUGGUGCUAAGCAGCUCCCCAGAGAGUUUCCUCACGGAGGAGGCUGAUGAGAGGUCAUCGCUAAAGCAAGGGAGCCGUGUACCCUCCAUUGAGAACGUCCUCCAGGAUGGCAGCCCUGAGCCCUGUGGCUGCUGCCAGCCUGGCCCACCUACCGACAUCUACCUUCCAGCCCAGGCUCCCGACUCCUGUUCUGUUGGCAUUGAGGAGUAA